AUGAAUAUAUCGAAUAACGAUAACCUCAAUAUACUCGAUUUGCCCAAUGAACUUUUACUGAUUAUUUUUAACAAACUGAAUAAAGUCGAUGUUCUAUAUUCACUUGUCGAUAUUACUCAACGGUUUGAUCAAUUAAUACUUGAUCCAUUUUAUAUUCGUAAUCUUAAUAUAACUUCUAUGUCAAUGAAAUCAUUUUAUGAUCGUAUCUAUUCAAUAGACAAUCAAGUUCUUGAUAGAAUUUGUAAAAAUAUUUUACCUCGAAUUUAUCGUCAAAUAAAUGAACUCAUUGUUGAACAGUAUUCAAUGGAACGUGUUCUUCAUACUAUAAAUUAUCCUCAACUUUACUCAUUAACACUGAUGGAUUUUUCAGAAGAAGUACUUUUCAAUUACUUAACAAGUAAUACAAUUCUUCGCAAACUUCUUAUUGAACAAAUUACAUGUCUUAAAAUUGAUGUUAAGGAUGAGCCAACAGAACCAUCUCCUGAAACUCUUUCCAUUAUGUUUGCUUUGAUAUUAUCUUUAUGUAAACGAUUAAUCAAAACAAGUUUUUGUCAAUUGCAUAAUCGAUCAACGUUCUGUACUUAUGACUUAUCAUCAACAAAUAUCAAAUCUUCAACAUUAACUGAAUUGAAAAUUCAAGUGGAAACUUUUGAUGAUUGUCUUUAUCUACUUGAUGAACGUUUCAAUUGUUUAUCAACAUUGAUUAUAAAUAAAAAGCUUCCCAAAUUGAAACAUUUCUCAUUAACAUCAUAUCCACACAUAUUUGUAUAUGAUAAUUUAAUUAUUUCAUUACUUCAACGAAUGAUAAAUCUUGAAGAAUUGAUAUUAUAUUUGUCAAUAAUAAGAAGUAACAAGAAUUAUAUUGAUGGUAGUGAAUUAUAUGAUUCAAUUCUUAUUUAUAUGCCACGAUUAAACAAAUUUACAUUCAAUAUACACACAAAUGUAGAUAAGAAGAAUGUUGAAAUUGCUGUUUCAUCAAAUGAAGAUAUUCAGCGCAGUUUUAGCAGAAAAGAAUAUGGACCAGUUGCUUCACAUAUUGAAACUUUCACAAGAGAAAAUGAACGUAGAUGUCAUAGCUAUCUGGCCUUGUAG